GCUCUUCCGGACGAUCAAAUGUCACUAUAAGUUGAGAGCUGCAUCACCUUGGGGCGCUCGCAGAUCCCAGCCUGCCCGUCCCCUCCGACAGGGAGCUUGGUGCUUCUCUCCACUCCUCCCAGAAACUAAUUGCCGACAUGUCUGAUACCGAGGAAGUGGAACAAGGAGAGGCAGAGGAAGCUCAUGAGGAAGAGGAGAAGCCCAGAAUAAAACUAACUGCUCCUAAAAUACCAGAGGGUGAGAAAGUAGAUUUUGAUGACAUCCAAAAGAAAAGGCAGAACAAAGACUUGAUUGAACUGCAGGCCUUGAUUGACAGCCACUUUGAAGCCAGAAGAAAGGAAGAGGAAGAACUGGUUGCUCUCAAGGAGAGGAUUGAGAAGCGGAGAGCUGAAAGAGCAGAGCAGCAGAGAAUCCGGGCUGAGAAGGAGAAGGAGCGUCAGGCAAGGCUUGCGGAGGAAAAGGCACGGAGAGAGGAAGAAGAUGCCAAGAGAAAAGCUGAGGAUGAUCUGAAGAAGAAGAAGGCUCUGUCCUCCAUGGGUGCAACAUACAGUAGUUAUCUGGCUAAGGCUGACCAGAAGAGAGGAAAGAAGCAAACAGCUAGAGAGACGAAGAAGAAGGUCCUGGCAGAGAGGCGCAAGCCCCUCAACAUUGACCACCUUAAUGAAGACAAGCUGAGGGACAAAGCUAAGGAGCUGUGGGACUGGUUAUAUCAGCUGGAGACUGAAAAGUAUGACUUUACAGAGCAGAUCAAGAGGAAAAAAUAUGAGAUUUUAACAAUGCGUUGCAGGCUGCAGGAGCUUUCCAAGUUCAGCAAGAAGGCAGGCGCCAAGGGCAAGGUUGGUGGGCGCUGGAAGUAAAGAACCAGGCAGGAUGGCCUUUAGUGGUGUGCUGAACCCCUGCUGGUCUCCUCUUUCUUCCUUCACCGAUCACUUGUGUACUCAUGCCUCAAUGAUAACAAAAUUCGCGUCAGCCUGGAUUGGCUAUUGCUGCUGCUUUUCUUCCUGGAGGGGUCUGGUGGCUUCCUCAGGCAAGGGGAAGCAGGUUCCCUGUGGAACUGGGAUGACUCCUUGCUGGCAUCUUCAAUUCCUGCUGAGCAUGUCUCUUAUCCUCCUGAUACCAGCCCUAUGCUGUCCUGUAGAUUGCCGUGUACAAAUCUCUGGAUUUUGUAAAUAAAGCACAACCAGUACCUACUCCAA